GUGCCGUGCGUGAGCGGGCGCGGGCGCGUCGGCCGGCGAGGGAGCAGCAAACGGCCGAGGACGCGGAGGAGGCGGUGGUGGCCAUGGCCGAGGCGUGGUCUCAUUGCAGACGGUAUUUCUGCCACUGCUGCUCGUUCGAGAUCGUGCCGCGCCUGCCGGAUUACAUCUGCCCGAGAUGUGAGUCUGGUUUUGUUGAGGCGUUUCCAGAAGUGAUCGGGAGUACAGAGAACGGCUCCGCCCCCUCCACGGACCAGAGCAGGCAGCCUUUCGAGCCGUCCUCUCCACAGAACGUGGACCAGCCCCUGUUCACGCUGCCACAGGGCUCCGGGCACUUUGCUUUCGGCAUCUUUGAUGACAGCUUCGAGAUCCCCACGUCCCCCCCAGGGGCUCAGGCCGAUGAUGGCAGGGACCCCGAGAGCCGGCGGGAGAGAGAGCAGCACUCCCGGCACCGGUAUGGCGCCCGGCAGCCCCGCGCCCGCCUCACUGCACGGCGGGCCACCGGCCGGCAUGAAGGCGUCCCCACGCUGGAAGGGAUCAUCCAGCAGCUGGUCAACGGCAUCAUCACUCCAGCCACCAUCCCCAACCUGGGCCUGGGCCCCUGGGGAGUCCUGCACUCAAACCCGAUGGACUAUGCCUGGGGGGCCAACGGCCUGGAUGCCAUCAUCACGCAGCUCCUCAAUCAGUUUGAAAACACAGGUCCCCCACCCGCAGACAAAGAGAAAAUCCAGGCCCUCCCCACUGUCCCCGUGACCGAGGAGCACGUAGGCUCGGGGCUGGAGUGCCCCGUGUGCAAGGAUGACUUCGGGCUGGGUGAGCGUGUGCGGCAGCUGCCCUGCAACCACCUCUUCCACGACGGCUGCAUCGUGCCCUGGCUGGAGCAGCACGACAGCUGCCCCGUCUGCCGAAAAAGCCUCACCGGACAGAACACAGCCACCGACCCCCCGGGCCUGGCCGGGGUGAGCUUCUCCUCCUCCUCGUCCUCCUCCUCCAGCUCGCCCAGCAAUGAGAACCCAGCAGGCAGCUCCUGAGUGCCCCGGCCGGUCCCAGGGUGAGCGCCGGGCUGGCGGGGCAGGCUGGAUGCUGCGGCCCCCGCACCACUGUGCCCCAUGGACUGCACUGCUGGCCUGCCCGCGUGGGCAGAGGCCUGGAGGACCCUUCCCUCCAGCUGCGGAGGAAGCUCGACCUUCCAGAAGGACGUCCCACGGCCGGGCCUGCACACGGCACAGCCGCCCGGGCGCCCUGCCUCCCCUCCCGUCUGUCUCUGACCUCACCCUCUAGGUGUUCAACGGCGGAAAGGUUUUUAUAACUUGCAGUUACUACCGCUUUGAAAUAAACGGACGUUUUAGCUCACGUGCGGCCCUGCAUGAUCUGUGGAGACAUAGGGUGGAGCCACUCGGCUGGGGUCCCGGCACUGCAUGGACAGGCUGCCACUCCCCACCCUGAGUGCAGUGGCUCGGGACCACCAGGAUGACCAGCACCACGAGGACAGAACUGCUCUGACAGACGUUUUUUAAAGGAGAAAAUAUGUGUAUCUUGAAAGCUAUUUAAAAAUACACCUACUUAGAAAGAGAA